CAGAGCCAAUCGCCGUGUGACGGGACGCUCCCUCGCGACAUUUCACUAUUCUCUUCCAAUAGCCAAUAAGAGCUUGUUGUGUUGGGGCGGUGCUAUUAGUGUUGGAAUUAGGUGGUGUGACACGUACGGCGGAAGCGGAGGGACAAACAGCGAGGAAACGCAGUGAAAACAGUACAGUGGAAACACAGGUGUUCAGAGCAGACUCCACAAGACUUCUCCAUCAUGGACUUUCUUGAUCGAAAUAUCAACUUUGAUGCUCUCCUCAAGUUCUCCCACAUCUCGGCCUCCACACAGCAGCACCUGAAGAGGGUGUACUCCAGCUUUGCUGUCUGCAUGCUGGUGGCUGCUGCCGGUGCCUAUGUAAACGUCGUCUUAAGACUUCUGCAGGGCAGCUUCCUGUCCUUUGCAGGCUCAUUGGGCAUGAUGUUGUGGCUCAUGUUCACCCCACACAGUCACGAGACGGAGAAGAAGCGCUUGGGAAUCCUGGCUGGAUUUGCAUUCUUCUCAGGUGUUGGCCUGGGUCCUGCCUUGAAUUUAUGCAUCGCCAUAAACCCUAGCAUCAUUCCCACUGCUUUCCUCGGCACUGCUGUUAUAUUCACCUGCUUUUCACUCAGUGCUCUGUACGCACGGAGACGUAGCUUCUUGUUUCUUGGAGGUGUGCUGAUGUCUGCGCUGAGCCUGCUUCUUCUGUCUUCCUUGGUCAACCUGUUUGUGGGAUCUGUUAUACUUUUCAAAAUGCACAUGUACAUUGGUCUGCUGGUCAUGUGUGGCUUCGUCUUGUUUGACACUCAGCUUAUCAUUGAGAAGGCAGAACACGGGGACAAGGAUUAUGUGUGGCAUUGUGUAGACCUGUUUCUGGACUUCAUCACCAUUUUCAGGAAGCUCAUGGUAAUCCUGGCUAUGAAUGAGAAGGAAAAGAAGAAGGAGCGGAAGUAAAUUGGACCACUUUUCCUUGCCCGGUGUCAUCUUGGGUUCUCACACCUUUCUUACUGGUGGCUUUGUGUCUUAUAAUGAAAAGCUUUGGAAACCAAUUAGUCGUUUGUACAGUCUGUCAUAUGAUCUUCCCUCCUUCCAGCCUAAAGUUUUUUCCAAGGGACUUUGGGUUUUUGUCUUCAUACGAGUACAUGUCACUUUACUAUAGUGAUGCACAAUUUUGGUCAUCAUACCCACAAGCAAACCUUUCUCUAGUAGACUUACCUAAUGCCACUAAGAUGUUGGCUUAACAGGUAUUACGACUUAACUGAUUUCAUUCUCAGUUUCUUAAAGACCUAAUUUGUGCAUCACUGAUCUCUUGAUCCUCUCCUGAUCCAAUACAAUAUUUAUAUUGGCACACAAUGUCCCUCUUCUGGCAGUACAUGAGGGUUCCGCUAGUUAAAAUUACAAUUCCUUCAGCACUGUGUUAGGAUAUGGGUCUUCUGACAAUUAACCUGCCCUAUGUAUGGAAAAAGACUAUUAGGACUCAUCUGAAAACUAAAUUAUGCAGUAUGAGUUGUAAUCCCUCCGAAACUCCUUUGACAAGCACCACUUGCUCUUUCUCUGUUGUAACCACUUGGGCCAAAGGUUCACACAUGGCAGGGUUGUGGCCCUUCUCAAUGAUAAAUGGACUUGAGGAGGCUUGAUCAUCAUGCCGUAAAUGCGCAGAGAUUCCCGCACCCUGCCGAUGGGUCCUGCGUUUGCAUCCUGGCUUCCUGCCUAGCCUUGGUCUUUAUUUGAGAACUUCGUUUACUCAACAAUCACAUUCCCUGCCCGAGAAGGAAAUAAACCUGUUUUUAAGUGCUGGGUAAAUGUUAGAGCAAAAAUGUACACACAUGCCCCUCUAGUCCCCUGUAACCUAGAGCCAUUAACCCUCUGAGAAAAGGGCAACUAAUGUAGUAAUCACAAUCUCUGUGCUCACCUGACAUAUUAAGGCAAGUCUGAGUUUAAAACCCUGCUCAAAAAGUAUUCAUAAGCUGUAACUGUGUGUAGAUGUGUUUUUUUUCAUAGACUUGUGUGUUUUUAUCUAUAAGUGCAUUUCUCCUUUGUCAGAGUAGCCAUCUACUGUUGUGGCUCCUGCAGCUGAGAAAAGAUGUCCCCUUCCCACCGCUCCUUUCCUCCAGCCUCCUGUAUUUGAUACAGCCCUUCCAAAAUUCUUUCUCAAUCUCCAUAAACCAGAUUGCUACUAACUGGAUUUCUUCUAAGAGAAAAAAAGAAUCCAGUCAGCUGCAUUUCCUCAUCGUUAUGUGUGCUAUGGAAGUUGAGCAGUUGAGGGAUGAGGCUUUGUGUGGGAGGUCAGAUUGAAGUGUUAUUUGCCCCGGCUGUUCCUAUCCCACCUCACCCCCUUAACUUUGCAUGCUUAUAUGGAUAUUCCGCAAGCUGCUUUAGAAAUUGUGCCAAGGAUUACCAUGAGGAUAAAAGAAUAACUAUAUAUGUGAAAAUGUAUAACCUGAUUUCAUAAUGACUUUAUUUUAUAGUGCAGUGAAUAAAUAACUCAGACUGUGAACACAGUGAGGAUUUUUGAUUGAAAUAAAAAAUUAUGGAUGAAAUUUGUACAAAUUAAAAUAAACUCUUAAUAAACUACUAAAAAAAAAAAAAAA